AUGGCACAAAAUCAUGUACUAAUAGUUGGGUCAAGAAAAACAAAAAAGCUGACAAUUGUAAAGGAUAUAUUUGGGGUCAGCGAUUUCUCAAGUUUUCUCCAUAAAAAUGCAAAAAGUCACGCCGGACUAAUUAUAUCGAACGGAAAGAUCGUCUGUAAAUACUACACGGCGGAUGUUAAUAUAUUUGUUGAUGAGGUCCAGCCUACAUUAGAGUCAUACGAUGAAUGGUUGGUGGAAUUUCAAAGUUCCCAGAUGAAGGAGCUCCGGGAUUCAAUACAGGGUAUUAUUCUCACAUUGAGAGUUGAAAUUCUGUCCAGGCAUUCGGAUCAAUUCACACAAAGCUUACAGCAUAUAUCUGAUCUUUUGGACAGUGAAUAUAUUGAGGAUCAUACCGGUGACAACGGAUUUCAAUGGAAUGGGUUUAAGGUUGUAGUCGGAAUAAUGAGUGAAGAUUCAAGCAGGGUAGAUGAUUCCUGGCUUGAGAAACUUGAAGAAAAAAUACCAGAGACAGGUUUUGAUUUUGUCAUUAAAAAGGGAGAUUCUCCAUUUGCAUGUGAUAGUUGCACAGCAUCUGGCAGUGGAGAUGAAUUAAAGGCAAUCGUGCAAAGUACGCAGUGGCCUGAAAUGCGUUUGAUUAAUAAUAAACGGGGCAAAUCUUUCAAAGUUUCGGAAACUACGGAUGAGUUCGUGGCAAACUUUGAUGAGGUUCUGAGUUCGCUUCAUAAUGCCAAAAAUUCAGCAUCGCACAUAUCAAACGAGGAUGAAAAAAUGCAAAAUGAGCACCAGUUUAAAUCGAAGCUUGAUAAGGACUUUCAAAUAUUCCAAACAGCCGCAAUUGGUAAGCAUUUUAAAAAUUCAGAUCUUGAAUUUGAAAAGAAAUAUUUACUAAUCAACCUUUUCAUCACACAGUACGUUCAUGAAUUGACUAAAUCACUUUGCAAAAUUUCGUUUUCAAAAGAUCCUUCUUCUCUGGAGGUGGGGACUAUAAAGAAUUUUAUGAUGGCAAAAGGUGAAGAACAAAAUUUCAUGAUCACCCGGACAAACUUUCUACCCAGUAACGACUUCAUGCAUGUUCUUCACAGCACAUUUCGCAAAACGGUUUAUGAUGACGUUACAUAUCAACUGGACGCACUCAAUUUUAUAUCUUCCUAUCUGCCAAUUGGGGAUUUUAAGGUGAUUCUAAAAUUCAUGAAUCAAAGACCAGAAUUUGAGAAUACGAUCGGUUUUGUGCGUGUGGACAAGAGUGGUGUCAUGAUAAAAGGAAGCUACCAAUCGAACGAAAUUUACGAGUUGUGCAAUUGUGAUGGGAUAAUUUCUUUGAGCGAUUAUAUGCUUGAGCAAAUACGAGCAGCUAUUUGA